GUCUACGGAGGCUGAAUGGUGCCACAGUACGCCCAGGACUCGAUCGAGGGCGGACCUGACCUGCCCGAGGAGCCUCAACAGUCACUCAAGCGGCUCCGCCUCUUCUGCCGCCCAAUCCGCCGCGCAGCCGGCGGGAGGACGCGUGCGCUGCUGGGGCGGAUCGGCAGGAGCGAACCGGGCAUGCGUAGAGCGCAUGGCCCCGCCCAUCGCGCUAGGCGUCGGCGCGACGACGCAUGCGCGCGCGCCCCGGCUUUAAGGGCUGUGGCGGCCCCGGCGGUUCAGUCGGCUCGUCAGCCGGCUUCGAGACGCGGCCUGGGGUGCUUGCGGCCAUGGCGGCGGAGGAGGAAGUGGAGUCGGGGGACACCGGCCAGGGGUGUCCCCUGCAUUUACCAGAAAGAACCUGUUCUUAUAUCUAAUGGAAAUAAAAUAUGGACCCUAAAGUUCUCUCAGAAUAUGUCAGAUAAGACUCCGCUUGUCCUCCUACACGGCUUUGGAGGUGGCCUCGGACUGUGGGCUCUGAAUUUCGAAGCUCUUUGCACCGACAGGCCCGUCUACGCUUUUGACCUGCUGGGCUUUGGACGGAGCAGUCGGCCCAGGUUCCACAGCGACGCGGAGGAGGCAGAGAAUCAGUUUGUGGAAUCCAUCGAAGAGUGGAGGUGCACCCUGGGGCUGGACAGAGUGAUCUUGCUCGGACACAACCUGGGGGGCUUCCUGGCUGCUGCCUACUCACUCAAGUACCCGGCGAGGGUCAGUCAUCUCAUUUUAGUGGAGCCCUGGGGUUUUCCUGAGCGCCCAGACCUUGCUGAUCAGGACAGACCGAUCCCCGUUUGGAUCAGAGCCUUGGGAGCAGCGCUGACCCCCUUCAACCCCCUGGCCGGCCUCAGGCUCGCAGGCCCUUUCGGUCUGAGCCUCGUGCAGCGCCUGAGGCCUGACUUCAAGCGGAAGUACUCAUCAAUGUUUGAGGAUGACACCGUGGCAGAGUACAUCUACCACUGCAAUGUGCAGACGCCCAGCGGCGAGACCGCCUUCAAGAACAUGACGAUCCCCUAUGGGUGGGCAAAGCGGCCCAUGCUGCUGCGCAUCGGCAAGCUGCACCCCGACGUGCCCGUGACUGUGAUCUUCGGCGCCCGCUCCUGCAUAGAUGGCAACUCAGGCAGCAGCAUCCAGGCCCUGCGGCCGAAGUCCUACGUGAAGACCAUAGCCAUCCUUGGGGCGGGACAUUACGUGUACGCCGACCAGCCCGAGGAGUUCAACCAGAAGGUGAAGGAGGUCUGCGGCUCGGUGGACUGAGUGGUGCCACCUCCCCUGGCGCCCGGUGGCGGACACAGCUCCUUGGCGGCGACCCAAGCAGUGACCUGGGGCCAGCACCCAGGAACGUCCUCUGCUGUGCCCGGCUUGGUGCCGUCGGGUGCCUGCGUGCUCAGCCCGUCAGUGCCUUCUAGGAGAGGUCCUUCCCUCGCACACGGUCGGCACCCAGGACCUCUCCACCUUCAGUCACUUUAAAUAAAAGGUUGUGUGUUCCUCUGGUAAAAAAUUGUACUUUUUAAACCAAGAUUGAUUUUUCAUUUUUACCUAACUCUGCAGUGAAGUACUUUUCUUGGUGUGAUGUACCCUGCCAGUUUAAAGGAACGAUUUCUGGGUCUCUCGUGCCACCCCUGUAAGGGUGCACUUUGUUUUCCAGCGGUGUUUAUCCUUCUCGUACCUGAUGCCUUCAUCCAGGUGUGCUUUUAUGUGAAGGGGUCGGUGGGCUGCAGCCUCCGUUGCUGAAUGCAGUGACCAGCCAGGCUUUCAGGGAAGGGCCGGCUCGGUCCCUGCGGGAGUUGUUCUCGCUGUUUCAUCCUUCAGACUGCAAACCCUGGUCAGGGUCUCUCCUGACUAACGACCCUGCAGCAGUGCAGUUCCUUGGCCCCUGCGUGUGUGGCGCAGUCCUGUGUUUGUAAGGAGCAGGAUGCUAACACUGCAAAGCCUUAACCACAGGUCGGUCCCUUUCCUUCCACUCAACGUGACUUCCAGGAGCCAGCGGCUCAGUAGGUGGCACAGGUUUGCUCCCUUACGAGGACACCAAGGCUGACCUCCAGAAGCUGAAUCUUAUAUUUUGUUGAAAUUUAACUCUUGUAUGUGCUAAAACUGGGUUAUGUUUUUACCACUAAAAUAUAAAAUGAGGUAGCACUGGCAUUUUUACUGAGUACUGUGUUGAUUGAAUCUGUAACAUACUUGAAGUUAUAAUCAACCCUUCUACCAUGUUGACUGCACUAUUUGACAUAACUUCUGUCAAGUGUAGCACUUUUUUUUGCAGUUUUGGAGUGAGGAAGACUGAAACUGUGAAAGGUCUCCCUGUGGUAAAAGCUGCUGUGGAAACUCUCUAUGGAAGAAAAUGGAAUAGGACUGUCCCCUUUUGUUUUGUCACCUUUGCUUAUCUGGAGCAAAGGCAGGUUCUGUAAAUAAAAACAGUGAACAAAUGA